AUGGCUAACAAUUUAAGAAGAGCUCUACAAGACAUUGAUCUGGGGGCAAAUGACGCUCCUUUCGUAUUACCACAGGAAGUGGUUAGGCAGGCGGCUGAAGAAAACCGUUUCAUCUUGGUGGGACGACCAGUAAUGCCGAGACGACAGAAUCUCCGAGCAGUUGUUGCCACUAUGCCUCGUAACUGGGGACUUGAAGGGAUUGUUCGGGGGCGAACAAUUGAAGCACGACGUUUCCAGUUUGUGUUCCCGUCUGAAGAAGCGAUGGAAACGGUGAUUCGACGAGGUCCUUGGGCCUAUGCGGAUCGCAUGCUUGUACUACAAAGAUGGACUCCUCUCAUGGACAUGGCGCUGCUCAAUUUCAUUCCUUUCUGGAUUCAAAUUCGGGGGAUUCCAUUACAGUACAUGAAUCGAGAAGUUAUUCUCAACAUUGCUCGUACUAUUGGGCAAUACAUUCAAAUGGACUACAAUGAAGAAUCAGGAGCAAGAAUGGAGUUUGUCCGUGUAAGAAUCAACUGGGAUGUUUCUCACCCCCUGAAGUUCCAAAGGAAUUACCAAUUCCAACUGGGAGUCAACACUCUGCUGAAGUUCCAGUACGAGCGUCUUAGAGGUUUCUGUGAAACUUGUGGUAUGCUAACGCAUGACACUGGGGCCUGUGUCAUUCAGAAUGGAGGUCCAGGAGAUGGUGAUGAAGACGAUGAUAGUGGAGAUGAUAAUGAGAACGUUGAGUUACCACAGAACCAAGGAGUGAUUAUUGAAGAGAUUAAUGAAGAAGCGGUUCGGGGUAAUGAGGCCGCGGCUGAUGCACCGGAGGAAGAUGAACCGGAGAGACACAAUGAAAUGCUGGAAGAGGAUGCAGAAGAUGAUGAGCUCUGGAAUGGAACAGGGAAGCGGACGAUCUUCUCUGAUGAACUUUACGAUGAGAAUGACUACUACCCCUAUCCGGUUAGACAGAUUGGGACUUCUGAUUAUGAGAUUGGAAGCAAGAGGAAAACAUGGCUUACAGAUGAGAAUGCAAACGGAUCAAAGUACUUUGCUGGAGAGUCAAGUGGAGCACAAGACACAAAGAGGAAGAAGACUGUUUCUCCACCGAGUGAUGUCAUGGGAGGUGACACUAAUGAAGCGGGAAGAACCAACACACCAGUGAGAGGCGCGGUGGGCCCAGAACCACCUCUUCCUCCAUGA